AUGGCACGCUUCACUGACCUAAACGAAGAUGUUCUUCGGCUGAUUCUUGAGCACAUCUACUUCUGCCAAGGAACGUUUCACGCCCUAACGCUGACUUGCAAGUCCAUUUCAGAGCUAGCGACGGAGUUCUUAUACUACAAAAUCGACGUAUCGUGUCGCCAUCCUGGGUUCACAAACCGGUUUGAAAUCUUACUCCGAACCCUCACACAGCCCGACCAAAGACGACGUUGCCAGCUGCUCUCCUACAUCCGUGAGCUCAGCAUACCGCAUUGCGUUGACCAUGACGGGAGGCGUGAACCGGCAACCACUCGACUCCUCAACUCCAUCGAGCAGACACACGCACCCGGUCUGUCUACAUCAAAUUUUCCGCGUCUCCGCUCCGCCCACGUGAUCGACGACGUCGCCAUCCAAGACGUGGCCCGCCUCCUCUACUCAACCCCCAUCGAAACCGUCCGCAUCGGCAACAGCUACGACCGCAAUCUCCGCACCCUCCGCACCCUCCGAAACCGCCGUCACCUCCGCAACGCCUCUCCGCCGACCGUCUCCCUGAGCAACCUCCCCCGCCGGCAGGACCCUCUCGCGUCCCUCUCCAUCCACACGCACUACCCGCCCGCCACCCUGCGCGACCUCCUCCUCAUCUCCGGGGGCGUCAAGCAGCUCGUCCUGCGCGAGCCCGGCACCAUGACGGCCAGUCCCUUCGAUCCGCGCGUAGGGGCGCACCUAGGCAUCAUGAGCGGCAGAUACUCGCCCGCGCAAUUCGGCGACGCGCUGGCGCCGCUGCGCGCGACGCUGCAGUCGCUGGACCUCACGACAUCGGAGACGCUCAAGUGGCCCGGCGGCCACGACGGCAGCCGCCUCGACCUGCGCGCGUUCGGCCGCCUGAGGCGCGUGAGGGCGGACAGCAAGUGCUUCUUCCCGCAUCCCAGCAGGAACAACAAGGAGGAUAUCUGCCCGCUGCUGCCCGCCAGCAUCGAGGCGCUGGAGCUGUGCUUCGACUUCAUGGACAGUGCUGUCACGCGCGUUGUUCUCGGCAUCGGGGAGGCCGAUGAUUACCAGUGGAUCGUCAACCUGGUUCAGGGCGCGCCAGCGUGGGUGCCGCGGCUGCAGAGUCUGAAGGUGAAGGAGGAGGGCGUUUUGAGUCGCGUUGUCUGCGGCGUUUAUGUCGACGCCUUUCGCGAAUGGGACCCCCCGCCGCAUGUGAAGGCCAUUUUGGCGGCGGGACUUGUCGCGGUUGAGGUGACGGUGAAGGUUCUGAAUAAGGAUGGGGUUGAAGCUCGAGGCCGGAUUCUAGAGCUGUAA